GAGAGGAAGACAGAGAUAUAGAGCAAGGGAGAGAAAGCGUCAGAGAGAGGAGGGAAACCGAGACAGAGAGUGGAGGCUGAGCGCAUCUCUCCAUUGAUCUUGAACCAUCAAGUGUUCCUCUUUGUCCAGGACACUGACCUGUUGUCUGAUACACCGGCCAAUCAAAACCAGGGUUACAAUGGCAGUCAUGUCAGGGAUGCACCGUUCAACCAAUCAGAGCUAGGAUUCUACACAUUUUGGUGUUCCGUUGCACAGAUGAACCAAUCACACGCAGGUGUCUCACUCUGCAUCCCACAGAACCUACGGAACCCGAAUCCAACGAACCAAUCAGAUACAGGAUUGCUGGUCCCAGAACAGAUCUGGAGGAUGGCGAGGGUUCAUCGCUGUUUCCAAGCAACCAAUCGGACUGCAGAUUACUAACCUCACCACCUCACUGGAUUACACGUUUGGGGAUUUUAGAAGAACCAGGAUUCCAGCCAAUCAGAGCUUGUGGAGGACUGAGACGUUGGCGCGUGGUGAUUGGCUGCUGAGUCCGAUGGGGGCGUGACCCGUAGUUGUGGCCCGGUCUGACCCUGGCUGGUCUGACUCCUAACCUCUAACCCCUGACCUGUAACCCCAGACCCCUCUGGUCCUGGCUCUCCAGCUGCUGUGCUGUUUGGGUUCUGGUCCCGUCCGCACCGGGGGAGGGGCCAAAAAGAACAAUCAGCCAAUCACUAUGAAGAAGAGUCGCAGCGUGCAGCGUCUGUCGCUGGCCGGAGAAGAGGAGGAUAAUGACACUGAUUCGUCAGGCUGUGCUGAGAAGGCGGAGUCAGGGCUCUACAGCAGCUCCUAUACGUCAGGAGCCACUCUGGGGGCGGAGCUACGCAUGGGGAGGAGCAGGAGGCUGGCCUCCAGUUUGCAGGUUCCGUGUUGGCUCCGCCCCCGAGACAGGACACGCUCCCCUGAGAUCCUGAGUAACAUGCCGCGCCCCACGUCCCUGCCCCUCUGCAUCCCACCACGCAUCGCCAUCACACCUGCAGACACAGACAGUGAGCUGGAGAACGGGGUGUCUCCGGGCCAUACCCCUCUUGGCUCCCAGAGUCCCAGCCUGACCCUGCACCCAUCCUUCCCCCAGGGGGGUCGACGGGAGUCCUUCCUCUACCGGUCAGACUCUGACUACGACAUGUCCCCCAAAAACUCAGUUUCACGCAAUUCUAUCGCCAGCGAAGGGCAUGCAGGAGAAGACUUCAUUGUUACCCCCUUUGCUCAGGUGUUAGCCAGCCUGCGCUCGGUACGGAGCAACUUCACCCUCCUCGCCAACAUCUCCAUGCCAACCGUCAAGAGGUCUCCACUGGGCGGUGUAGCAACCCACAACCCCAGAGCAGCUCUAUCAGAUCAACAGUAUGAGCAGCUGGCUACAGACACUCUGGAGGAGCUGGACUGGUGUCUGGACCAGCUAGAGACCAUCCAGACUCACCGCUCUGUCAGCGAUAUGGCCUCCAACAAGUUUAAGAGGAUGUUAAACAGGGAGCUGUCUCACCUAUCAGAGAUGAGUCGUUCGGGUAACCAGGUGUCUGAGUACAUCUCCAGCACCUUCAUGGACCAGCCCAACGAGGUGGAGGUGGAGCUGCCGUCCCCUCGUCUAAAGGAGAAGUCUAUGAGUCAGAUUAGCGGAGUGAGGAAUCUGUCCCACAGCUCCACUCUGUCCUCCUCUUCUGUCCCGCGCUUCGGAGUCAACACUGAACAGGAGGACCAUCUAGCCAGGGAGCUAGAGGACCUGGACAAGUGGAGUUUCAACAUCUUCAGAGUGUCAGAGUUCUCCAACAGCAGGCCUCUCAGCUGCAUCAUGUACGCCAUCUUCCAGGAACGUGAUCUCCUAAAGACGUUCCGCAUCCCCGUCGACACCUUCGUGACCUACGUGAUGACCCUGGAAGACCAUUACCAUGGCAACGUGGCCUACCACAACAGCCUGCACGCCGCCGACGUCUGCCAGUCCACACAUGUCCUCCUCUCCACACCCGCACUAGACGCUGUAUUUACAGACCUGGAGAUCCUAGCAGCUCUGUUUGCUGCAGCCAUCCAUGAUGUGGACCACCCUGGAGUGUCUAACCAGUUCCUCAUCAACACCAACUCUGAGCUGGCUCUCAUGUACAAUGAUGAGUCAGUGUUAGAGAACCAUCACUUGGCUGUUGGCUUCAAGCUGCUGCACCUGGAAAACUGUGACAUCUUCCAGAACUUGACCAAAAGACAGCGACAGAGCCUCCGCAAGCUGGUCAUCGAUAUGGUGUUAGCUACAGACAUGUCUAAACACAUGACUCUACUAGCUGAUCUGAAGACCAUGGUGGAGACUAAGAAGGUGACCAGUUCAGGAGUGCUGCUGUUGGACCACUAUACAGAACGCAUACAGGUCCUGAGGAACAUGGUCCACUGUGCAGACCUCAGCAACCCCACCAAGCCGCUGGGUGUGUAUCGCCAGUGGACAGAACGCAUCAUGGAGGAGUUCUCCAGACAGGGAGACAAGGAGAGAGACAAGGGCUUGGAGAUCAGCCCCAUGUGUGACAAACACACUGCCUCGGUGGAGAAGAGCCAGGUGGGUUUCAUAGACUACAUAGUCCACCCUCUGUGGGAGACGUGGGGUGACCUGGUCCACCCUGAUGCCCAGGACCUGCUGGACACAUUGGAGGAGAACAGAGACUGGUACCAGUCCACCAUGCCUCAGAGCCCCUCUCCUCCCUACGACAAACACCUGCUCACAGACCGCUUCCAGUUUGAGCUAGCACUGGAAGAUGUGGAGCCCAACCACAACCACAUACAACAACUCAACGGGUCCAACCACAUGGUCAGACAGGAGAACGGAAACCAGGACAAUUCAAAGGAGGACCAUGUUGAAGAGGUGGAGGAGAACCAUGUUGAAGAGGUGGAGGAGGAGAAUCAUCUUGAGGAGGAGAACCAUGUUGAAGAGGAGGAGGAGGAGAACCAUGUUGAGGAGGAGGAGGAGAACCAUGUUGAGGAGGAGGAGGAGAACCAUGUUGAGGAGGAGGAGGAGGAGAACCAUGUUGAGGAGGAGAACAAUGUUGAAGAGGAGGAGGAGAACCAUGUUGAAGAGGUUGAGGAGGAGGACCAUGUUGAAGAGGAGGAGGAGAACCAUGUUGAAGAGGUUGAGGAGGACGACAAUGUUGAAGAGGUUGAGGAGGAGGACCAUGUUGAAGAGGUGGAGGAGAACCAUGUUGAAGAGGUGGAGGAGGAGAACCAUGAU